AUGAGUUUUGACGAUUUAGGUUACAAUGACUUCUCAAUAUCACUAAAUUAUUUUACGUCAUUACCUGAUAUAUCAUCAUUAACAGAUUCUAAUGAAGUUGUGUUGUUCAAAUCUUUGUUAAAGAAAGAAUCAAAAACAAAAGAAAAAGCAUUAAAUGUAUUAUUAUCUUCAAAUAUAGAUGAAUCUACUUUCAUUGCUUGGUUACAGUUAUAUCCCAAGUUAGCAAUUGAUAAUUCUAAAUCAGUUAGAUUAUUGAGUCAUCAAGUUCAUUCAUCUUUUUUAAAUACCUUGGGGUCAAAAAUUUUUACAAAAUACUUAAAAAGUUUUAUACCUAUAUGGCUUUUAGGAAUUUAUGAUAAUGAUAAGUCAGUAUGCAAUACAUCAUACAAGUUAUUAUUGGAAUUGUUUAAAAAUGAUCAAGAGAAGUAUGAUAAAUUAUGGGAUUUAUUUAAUGAACAAAUUUUAAACUUAAUAGGUAAUGUAAUUUGUGUUGAAGUUCCGGAAUCAUUAAGUGACCAAAGAUAUACUAAUGAUUCAGAUAUAAUUAUGAAAUAUGAUAGGGUUUUAAAUAGUUGUGUUAAUAUGUUGAUGAAAAUUUAUAAACAAGAUGAUGAAACAAUUUAUAAAAUAUUAUCAUUUGACCCAUUUUGGGAUAAUUUAUCAACUAGUUUGAAACCAGAUACCUUGAAUUUAACUUUAGUUAAAUCAUUAUUGGAUUUGAUUUCAGUUGUACUUAAAUAUGAAACUAAAUUGUUUAAAUUAAUAGUAAAGAAGUUUUUUAAAAUUAAAUUAAAAUUUAAACAAAAUAUAAUAUUUUCAAGAGUUAUUGUACCAUUUUGGGAAACUAUAUUGCUGAUUACAAGUUAUGAAUCAAAGAAGACUGUAUGGGACGGUAAAGAAUCCAAAUUUUAUGAAUUUUUGAAAGUUGGACCAUGUAAUACAACUAGAUUACAUGAAUAUUAUGAUAUAAUUUUUAAAUUAUUAAAUAAAUUUAAACAACAAGAAAGAGUGAUUGAUUUUUCAAAUGAUGAAGAAUAUAUAUUUACAUAUAAUAUUUUGUUUAAUCAAUUCAAGACUGCAUUUGGUGAUAAAUUUUGGUCAUUGAAAUGUUUGCUAAAAGUUAAUGCAUUGUUUGAUAAAGAUUAUGAUGAAUUAUUAUCUGAAGUGUUACCUAUCAUUAAUGAAAGAAACAAAGAUUCGAUCGAAAGCGCAAUAUCAAUAAAUUAUAAUGAAAAAAUGGGUAAAUACCUCACUAAAAUAAGUAAAGAAGAUCAUGCAGCUGAAUUUACACAAAUUUUAAUUGACGUGCUAUCAAAAGUUGGACUAAUUGAUCUAAUUGAAGAAAUUGUUGAAAAAGCAUUGGAGAAUGUUGAUGAAGAUAAAGUUAAAUCAUUUAAAAUUAUUAAAACAUAUUUAUUGCAUGAAUAUAAACCAAAUUUGGAAGUUGUAAGUUUUUUGCAAGAACUUCCAAGUUUUGUUGAACAAGAUUUUAUAGAGGAACCACUUGAGCUAUUGAAAAUUGCAAUUAAACAAGAGUAUUUGGAGGAUCAAAAUGAAACAGUUAGUGAUUUUUAUUUAAAAUUGAGUAUAGUGGCACCUAGUAAAAUUGAUCAUUUUAUUACAUCGAUUAAUAUCAAUCUCGAAGUUGAAAAAUAUCCUGAAAUUUAUAAUUAUUUAAUUGAAAAAUCAAAGAAUGAUCCACUGGAUUUGGAUUUAUUAUGUUCAACUAAGGAUAAAACCAUAAUUGAAAAUGUUGCUCAAAGUACAACAAACUCUAAAGAGUUUAAUUAUCUUGUAAAUAAAUAUAACUUACUUUCUAUGAUUGAUAAUGAUGAUGGAAUACUACAAGAUGCAUGGAUAAGUAAAGAUGAAAAGAUUUUGCUAGAAUUGAGAUCUAAUCAAGAUAAAUAUUUUAGAUCCUUGAUUAAAUAUCUUGAAUCAAGAAGUUUACAUGAUGAGAUACACAUAGAUUUUAUAGAAAGUGGUCCAUUACCAAUUGAUGAUAUAAAAGAUAGAGUUAAAAAAAGUUUGAGUUUAGUUAAUGUUGAGAAGGUUGCAGUUUCAAAUCCAUUAGACACAGGUAUUUAUUUAUGUAAAGGUGGUGAGAAUCCAAAAAUUGAUGAAUUCAUACCUAUCUUGGCUAAAGUAUUGACAAGUUUAAAAGAUUUACCAAAAGAAUGGGAGAUAUUAGUUUAUGUUAUUAAAGAGUACUUGAAUGAUUAUAUUUUUACACAAGAUUUAGAUGAAGUAGAGGACGUCAUGGAAAUUGCAGAUUCAAUUACUUUAAGAACUAUUACAUGGAGUGAUCUAGACUUUGAUGAGUUUAGUAUACAGAAUGACAUGUAUUCAUUUUAUAUAGCAAGAGUGUUGAAAAAGAUAGUUGAAACAUCCUUGGAAUCUGAAAAUUCAUCUUCAUUUGAAUCUAAAUCUAUCAAUUAUGUUGAAUUAGUUAAAAAUCCAUUAAAAUUUUAUGCCAUAACAAGUGGAAUUUCCAAAUUUAUAUCAUCCAAGUCAAUUGAUCGUGUUAAAAAUUAUAUAUUUUCAGAAAUUUUAAGUGUGAAAUUAAAAAAUUGUAAUACUGAUGGAUUAAAAUGGAUAACUUUAACUUUUCCAUUUUUCGAUGAUUCAAAAUUACGUAUACCUGCUCAUAAACUAAAUAUGAUUUUGAACCAUAUCAAAUCAUGGUUUCCUGUAAAAGGUGCUAUUUUAUAUGGUGACGAAACUACACCACUGAGUAAAUUAAUGGUUCAAAUAAUUAGAUUUGUUACUUUAUUAAAUAAAUCAGAUGAGAAGCCUGAAAUCUUGGAUGAUUUUAUACAUGAAUUAUACACUGAAAUGGUUGUCAAUUCAAAACUAGACACAAUUUAUUAUACAUUGAAAUUAUACAAUACUACACCAGAUACAUUAUCAUCAAUUAUGGAAUAUACAUUACUGGAAUCAUAUACAUCUGAUUAUACUCAAGUUAAUCAAUUAAUUGAAAGAACCUUGGAAACUGUAUUAAUUAGAAAACCUGUAAAUAUUGGAAAAGAAACUUGGUUACUAAUCUUCCUCAAUACUAAAUCAGAAAUUAUUCAAAGAGUUUGUACUUGGUACCUUGAAAAAAUUAUAUCUCAAGAACAACAAGAUUUAGUUAUUGAAUAUCAAUUGAGUAAAGACGAAAUAGAAUUAAAAUUACCUGUUAUAUUAUUAGAUAUCAUCGAAUCUGGUACAUUUCAAUUUCAAUAUUUUUCAGCUUGGUAUUUGAUCUUUGCUCAACUUAAAGAUAUUACAUUUAGAAUGAGAAAUGAUUAUAUUAAACAAAUUGAACAACAAUUGCCAAUUUUGUUUGAUAAUCUUUUUCAAUUUAGUGACAAAUCUAAAUUAGAUACUUUUAGCAUACUAGAGACUGAAUCAUUAGAACAAUUUGCAAUUUAUUUAUAUUGUCAAUCUGUCUUAUAUUGUUCAAAUCAAGUUCAAAUUUGGUUUAAAGAAAUAAGAGACAGACAAUUAAAAUCACGAAUUGAAAAAUUUACCACAAAACAAAUAUCACCGAUAUUAAUUGACAAAAUUAUGCAACAAGUUUCUAAAGAAAAAGAUAGAAUUCAAGGUAAAGAAGAAAAUAUGACUAUUAAAUUAAAUCUUAAUGAAAUUAAAUCUACAUAUAUAGUAGAUGAACAAAAAAUGGAAAUGAUUAUAAAAAUUCCUUCAAAUUAUCCUUUGGAUAAUAUUGUAGUUGAUGGACCAUUAAGAUUAGGAGUUAAAGAAAAUCAAUGGAAAGCUUGGUUAUUAGCAUCACAAAAGAUUAUAUCAUUAACUAAUGGAUCAAUAAUUGACUCAAUUGAAUUGUUUUGUAAAAAUGUAAACUUGCAUUUUUCUGGAUUUGAGGAUUGUGCAAUUUGUUAUUCAAUUUUACAUCAAGAUUUGUCAUUACCUUCAAAAACAUGCAGUACAUGUUCAAAUAAAUUCCAUGCUGCUUGUUUAUACAAAUGGUUUAAAAGUUCAGGUAGUUCAACAUGUCCAUUGUGUAGAUCACCAUUUAAUUUUAAGAAAUAA